AUGACGUCAUUGCCAGAUGAUGUUGACGACAAAGUAAAUGAAAGUAUAAAGCUGAGAGCGCAAUGGAUGACGGUAACAUGUGAUGGUCAGCGGUUAUUACAAAACGAUGGUGGUAGCCAAUGUUUAGGAAAUUACGUGAAACAAUCUCUAGCGACAUGUCCAGAUACACGACAGAUUUACAAAACGAGGGAAGAUAAAGUCAUCAAAGUUAUUCGACCUGACGGCACUCAAGUCGUAGAGCAUUCGGACGGCACUCGUAUUACUACGUUUUACGAUAUAACACGAGUAGAGUUGCAACCUCCGAAUGCAGAAACUGGCGAAGAGGCUGAGUACGAGUCACGUGUUACCACAUAUGUCAAGGUGGAAUGUGAGGGUUUUGCAACCGUUACCAUGGAGACAGAAUAUGGUUCAUGUCGAACGUUGUUUGGUAACGGUAGCUCCAUACACACGAUGACAAAUGGUGAAAGUGUUGUCGAUAUAUAUGAUGGUUCUAGGAUCUUGUGUGAUAGUAAAGGCAUGUUGUUAAGAAGGGGUGGUUAUAGGGGUAACGUUUCCUACUUUCCUCGCGACUUAAAUAAAGUUCAUCGUGAUCAUGGUGAUGAUGACGUCAAUUCUGUCAGGAAUCGUCAGGGGGGUGUUUAUUAUCUACGCACUACAUCACAACAUUACUGUGAUCAUAAGGACAACUGUGGAAAUACAUUCUCUGUGUUUAGUAAUGGCGACAUAAAAGUUGAUAAAGUCAAUAAUACAGAUACAACAGAAAAAGACGUUGACGAAUACUUGAAAGCUGCUGAAGAUAACGUUGCUACGGCUGUUUUAAGAACUCCUCUUGAGGGUUUACCAAACCUCACCGGAGUUACUGUACUAAAACCUUUCUCAGAAGGAGAAGGAAGAAAAUGGCUAAAACACAAAGAUGAAAGUAAUCUUGUUCCGCUUGCUUUACGGGAAAGAGACUUUACGCAGUUUCCACCCUUAGAAAAAAAGAAAGAUGGACCAAAAUUUGAUACCAAUGCAGGUGGUCUUUAUUUCAUUGUUAUAUUGAUGUUUCAUUUGACUUUUGGUCCAAAAUUUGGUACUAAUGCAGGGGGUCUUUAUUUCACUGUUAUAUUGAUGUUUCAUUGGACUUUUGGACCAAAAUUUGGUACCAAUGCAGGUGGUCUUUAUUUCACUGUUUUAUUGAUGUUUCAUUUGACUUUUGGACCAAAAUUUGGUGGUGUUUAUUUCACUGUUAUAUUGAUGUUUCAUUUGACUUUUGGUCCAAAAUUUGGUACUAAUGCAGGUGGUCUUUAUUUCACUGUUAUAUUGAUGUUUCAUUUGACUUUUGGUCCAAAAUUUGGUACCAAUGCAGGUUGUCUUUAUGUCACUGUUAUAUUGACGUUUCAUUUGACUUUUGGACCAAAAUUUGGUACCAAUGCAGGUGGUCUUUAUUUCACUGUUAUAUUGAUGUUUCAUUUGACUUUUGGUCCAAAAUUUGGUACUAAUGCAGGGGGUCUUUAUUUCACUGUUAUAUUGAUGUUUCAUUGGACUUUUGGACCAAAAUUUGGUACCAAUGCAGGUGGUCUUUAUUUCACUGUUAUAUUGACGUUUCAUUUGACUUUUGGACCAAAAUUUGGUACCAAUGCAGGUGGUCUUUAUUUCACUGUUUUAUUGAUGUUUCAUUUGACUUUUGGUCCAAAAUUUGGUACCAAUGCAGGUGGUCAUUAUUUUAUUGUUAUAUUGAUGUUUCAUUUGACUUUUGGACCAAAAUUUGGUACCAAUGCAGGUGGUCUUUAUUUCAUUGUUAUAUUGAUGUUUCAUUUGACUUUUGGACCAAAAUUUGGUACCAAUGCAGAUGGUCUUUAUUUCAUUGUUAUAUUGAUGUUUCGUUUGACUUUUGGACCAACAUUUGGUACCAAUGCAGGUGGUCUUUAUUUCAUUGUGAUAUUGAUGUUUCGUUUGACUUUUGGACCAAAAUUUUGUACCAAUGCAGGUGGUCUUUAUUUUAUUGUUAUAUUAAUGUUUCGUUUGACUUUUGGUCCAAAAUUUGGUACCAAUGCAGUUGGUCUUUAUUUCAUUGUUAUAUUGACGUUUCAUUUGACUUUUGGUCCAAAAUUUCGUACCAAUGUUGGCAAUGUUAAGGGUUUGCAGGUGUCUUACAGGGAUAUCAACGUUCAUACCUGUUUUGGAGUAGUCAUUGGCAACAUGAGAAAAGCCGUUGAUGUAAAACCAUUAUUAACUUGUCCCAAAGUCUUGGUUUUGCUUCAUUUUGUUCAAUAUGAGCCUUCAGACAUCUUACAUCGCGAGACUAUUUCAGCGGCAUUCCGUCAAUAUGGCGAGUACGUGACAAAACUUCAACUUCAGUGCGAUAACUGUCUGCCGAAGGAGUCACGUGACACGGAAGAAGUAAAAAGAGCAAAUGGAUUGGUUGAAAAGUACGAGCGAGAAAAUUCUCUAAAAAAUGAUCUCAAAGCUGAUGUAAAUGGUGUACAAGAAAAGUAUUUGAAGUCUGUAGCACCUGUCGAAAAGCCCGCACCACCUGCGCCAGCCUGGAAACGCACGGCCGAUGAAUGGGAACGAGAUCGUAUAGAUUUGGCUAAACUGGAAUACGGCAAACAUGCAUUACGUCAUCGUGAAGUUCCGCCAUAUUUUGAAACGGCGAAGGGUCAAGCUUUUCUAAGUGCUUUAAAUCGCGGUCCUGAUAUGUUGAAGCUCAGUGCUGAACUCGACAAACAAGCUUGUCCAGUUUCUAGUUCGCUUCACACUGCAAUGAGUGCAUCAAAAGAAAUUAUAGAUCAGAGGCAUCAAACUUCUCAUGAAAAUGUUCCGCAAUAUUCAAACUGGUCUAGGUCAGCGGUUUUAGAGAACACAGAUCUUGAAAGAGGACAAUCGCCUGGGGAUGUCUCUCCAGUCGAAAGUAGUACACCUUUUGUCAGUCGUCCAGUGAAUCCUACUCCUGCACAAGCUGGUGGUGUACCUACCUCCCCGUCGACACGACCCACCAACCCCACCCCCCGUCAAGCAUCGACUGUCUUGAGCAAUGAAAGUGUUUUGGAUUCCCCCCGUACCAAACAAUCUAUAGUCCGAAGUUCGACUUUAGAAUCAUUGUUGGAAAUGCAACAUGAAGUAUUGAGUUCAGAUGUUACGUCAUCAAAGACAUCUUGUGAUAAUCAUGACAAUUUACCCAACGUUAUCAAGGGUGGAAAACCUGGUGCUCUACCAAACUCUCAGUUUUUAAAGAUAGAGGAUCCUGUCCGACGUAAAGUUCAAACUGCUUCUGUUAUUGGAAAGAGCAACACAAGAGGUUUUGAGCUUUCUCCACCAGAGGUGGACAUGGGGGUACUUAAAGAAGGUCACACGUAUGUACAUUCGGUGAUAUUAAGGAACAUUGGUAUUGAUAGCUGUAGAUUCAAAGUACGACAACCUCCUCCAUCGACUGGUAUCAAAGUUUUGUUUAAUCAUGGUCCUAUUGCAGCAGGAAUGACGAGAAAACUAGACAUUGAAAUGUUUGCUGUAGCUGUUGGUGUAUCUGGAGAAAGUGGAGUUGGAUCUGUUGGUCAUCACAUUGAAAUAAUUAGCGAAAAUGAAAUUUUUUAUCUUCCUGUAUCGCCCACUAUUUUAACCGCUUAUGAGUAUGACAAUCGUUCAAAUUCGUUUCCCCAAGGUUAUCUCAGUAAAGGAACUCGUAUGAUUGACAAUCGACCACCAUCAAGAGACGCUAUUCGUCCUCGAAGAAAUCAUAUGUGUUCUGAUGUUUCCAAACAAUUUUAAACUUCAUAGAUUGUUUUAUGUAUUCUACGUUUAGUUUUUUACCAUUGAGUAAUUU